AUGCGCGAAGUUAUCUCUCUGCAAGUUGGCCAGGCCGGUGUUCAGAUUGGAAAUGCAUGCUGGGAGCUUUACACCUUGGAACACGGCAUAGGACCGGAUGGUCGUCUUCUCAGCGACUCGCCCUCCCACUCAGAUGCGGGCUUCUCCACGUUCUUCUCGGAAACCUCGUCCGGCAAACAUGUUCCACGUUCCCUGUAUAUUGAUCUCGAGCCGGGUGUCAUUGAUGAUGUGAAGACUGGAAUAUACAGGUCUCUGUUCCAUCCAGAGACACUUAUCACUGGCAAAGAGGAUGCCGCAAACAACUAUGCCCGAGGGCACUAUACCGUUGGGAAAGAGCUCAUUGACCCUGUUAUGGAUAAGCUACGCCGCUUGGCAGACAAUUGCUCAGGACUACAAGGAUUCUUUGUCUUUCAUUCUUUCGGUGGCGGAACGGGCUCCGGCUUCGGCGCGUUGUUGUUGGAGCGACUCUCAGCAGAUUAUGGCAAGAAGUCCAAGCUCGAAUUCUGUGUCUACCCUGCACCCCAGCUCUCCAGCUCCAUUGUAGAGCCAUAUAACUCGGUUCUGACUACUCACACGACACUAGAACAUUCUGAUUGCUCCUUUAUGGUUGAUAAUGAGGCUAUUUAUGAUAUCUGCAAGCAAAAGCUGAAUGUCGCGUCUCCCAGCUUCACCAACUUGAACCGCCUUAUUGCCCAAGUAGUUUCCUCGGUCACGGCUUCCUUGCGUUUCGAUGGAUCACUUAACGUCGACUUGAACGAGUUUCAAACCAAUCUGGUUCCAUUCCCUCGUAUUCACUUCCCGCUCGCCACCUAUGCCCCCCUUUUGUCUGCAGAGAAGGCGAGCCAUGAGCAGAACUCAGUAGCCGAAAUGACUUUCUCCUGCUUCGAGAAUGGUAAUCAAAUGGUGAAAUGUGACCCUAGGGAAGGCAAAUACAUGGCUUGCUGCCUCCUGUACCGCGGCGAUGUCAUGCCAAAGGACUGUCAGAGCGCUAUCGCCAGUAUCAAGACCAAACGCACUAUCCAAUUUGUCGACUGGUGCCCAACCGGCUUCAAGCUCGGCAUCUGCAACGAGCCGGCCGCAACUGUUCCGGGAGGUGAUCUUGCAAAGACUGCCCGCAGUCUCUGCAUGCUUUCAAACACCACUGCUAUCGCUGGCGCCUGGGCUCGGCUGGACCAUAAAUUUGACCUCCUGUAUUCGAAGCGAGCUUUCGUGCAUUGGUAUGUCGGUGAGGGCAUGGAAGAGGGGGAGUUCUCUGAAGCUCGUGAAGACCUUGCCGCUCUUGAGAAAGACUACGAAGAAGUCGGCAUCGACUCCGCCGAUGCUGAGGCCGAAGAGGCAUAUUGA